GAGCAUUUCUGUCGUGGUAGUGACCGUGAACAGACCGAAGGCCAAGGACGCGACCGCCCGCCACCGGCUUCAUAGAUACUUAGAUAAUAACAAUUAGUCUGAUAGCGCAGAUUAUUAUACCUGCAUAUCGAAUUCUGUAACCGUACCUUUCUCGCUCCGAGUUCAAGUUUGUCGGUAGUUCGCGACGAGCAAGAACUUUGAAGAAGCACCUAGCGCUCAGUGCAUUCGUCCUCGACACCGAGAAGAGCAGGCCCACUGGAUCGAUCGCCCGUCCGUGCGUCGUCGUACGACCAAGGAAGGACCUUCAGCAGCUCUUCAAGAACCAGUCAUUGUCAACACCAACAAACACAGCCGACAUUUUUAAAUAAUGUUGACCACAAGCAUACCUUCGUUGCUACUGUUCGGUGCUGCGGUAGUCCUGGGCCAGAUGGCGUCCCCAUCGGGUUUAGGUGACAGUGCAGAAGCCCUGGCUAAGCAACCCUCGGCGCCACCUCCGGGUGUCCCUUCCCAAAUGGAAGAUUGCGAUCCAGACCGAGUAGGUUUCGAACUUAUAACCGGCUUCGUUCUCUCAGCACCAAACAACGUCCUUGAAUCUAUCCCUGGAACACUGAUGCUCUCCGACUGUCUGGAAUCCUGUCAAGCUAACGAAUCCUGUUACGCUGUCAACUACGAAACGGGACUCUGCGUUCUCUUCAGCACCAACGCAGACAUGGCCACAGGUGCCUUGACUAAAUCACAGUUUCCGGUUUACACAAUCUAUGCCCAGAAAAACUGUUUAGCGGUGAAGCCAUGCGAGAGGUCGUGGUGCGUCGACAGAGUUCAAAAUUAUCGCCUCGCUAGUCAUGUCAAAGGUCAUCAGGUCGUCAAUUCUAGACAGGAAUGUAUGGAACUAUGUCUGGGCGAGACCGAAUUCUCUUGCAGAUCGGCCAACUACAAUAAUGCCACCGGCGACUGUGAACUUUCUGACAUGGACCGUAUAACGUUGGCUGGAACGAACGCAUUCCAACCUACGAAGGAGUUCGACUAUAUGGAAAACAACUGCAUUGAAGAACCAACUAAACUUUGUGAAUUCAAAAAGCUUACAGGAAGAAUAUUGAAGACAGUCGAUUCUGUAUUCCAAGACGUCGGAUCCUUGGAAGAAUGCAGGGAGUUAUGUCUCAAUUCACCCUACAGAUGUCACUCAUACGAUUACGGAGACACUGGUGAGAUGGUUUGUCGUCUCAGUCAUCAUUCCAGAGCCACACUUGUCGACAUUCAGGAACCUUUCCUGGACGUUCCGGAGGCAGCCACCUACGAGCUCUCGUCUUGUUACAACGUAAGCAUCGAUUGUCGGUCGGGGGACAUGGUUGCCCGUAUUCAAACCAGUAAAGUAUUCGAUGGAAAAAUCUAUGCCAAAGGCAGUCCCAACUCAUGCGUCCAGGAUGUAAACAACAGUCUGGAAUUCGAAUUGCACAUGGGCUACGACGACCUCGAGUGCAACGUAAGAAAAAACGGACUCGGAAGAUACGUUAACGACGUUGUCAUUCAGCAUCACGACAAGAUUGUAACGAGUUCCGACCUGGGCCUGGCAGUCACUUGCCAAUACGAUUUGACCAACAAGAGUGUCACCAACGAGGUCGACCUGGGUAUACACGGCGAUAUCGAGCCAUCCAUGUCAGAGGAAGUUACUGUCGAUUCACCAAAUGUAGCCAUGCGGAUUACAGACAGAAAUGGUGACGAUAUUAUGUCGAGUGCCGAAGUAGGAGACCCUCUCGCCCUUAAAUUCGAGAUCAUCGACAAGAACAGUCCGUACGAAAUCUUCGUGAGAGAACUGGUAGCCAUGGAUGGCGUUGACUCUAGCGAAAUCGUCCUCAUCGAUUCCCGGGGUUGUCCAACCGAUCACUUCAUCAUGGGACCAAUCUACAAGUCAGCUCAGACAGGAAAGGUUUUACUUUCCCACUUCGACGCAUUCAAAUUCCCUUCGUCAGACAUUGUUCAGUUCCGUGCUCUUGUCACUCCAUGCAUGCCAACUUGCGAGCCCAUCCAGUGUGACCAAGAAGAAUCGACUGGCGAACUGCGAUCUGUCGUGUCGUUCGGAAAGCGUAGAAGAAGACGUUCCAUCUCAAACGAAAGCACCUCAUCGGCCCGGGAAGACCUUCUUUUGGUACAGUCGAUCCAGAUAACCGACAAGUUCGGUUUCGAGAACGAAACAAACCCAAGCCCAUCGAAUUCCGCAGGAACAAGCAACGGUGGAGAAACAGCGUUCAUGCCCAGUGGCUCCGAUGCCGGAAUUUGCGUCAACAUGGCCGGAAUAAUGAUUUUAGGGAUAGUGUUUGUCAUUGCACAGGUCGCAAUCUUUACCAUUUGGUCAUUGUUAUGGCAAAAGAAACGUAUCGAUCACAAACUCGCUGCUGACAACAUGAGCUUCAACGUCAGCAUUCCAUCCGGAUUGAAUUCGAAACACUCGGAUAGUCUCAGCAAGCUCUACACUUCCGGUUACGCCCACAGUCGUCGUUUUUGAAAAAUCGCAUAGCCCACUUUAGUCAUUGCAAUAAAAUAUUUCUUUAAAAAAUCGGUUUUCCGAUUUUAUAAUGACAAUGAGAUUAUUCAUCAAUAAGAAGAGAGAUAGUCUUAACGGUAACCCGCUUCGAGUUGUAAGCUGGUUUGAAAAUCGAACGAAAUCAAUCAAACCGAACAAUAAUAUUUAUGGCUAGUUAAAAAACAGUUUCUAAAUGGUUUCUUUUUCCUCGAAAUUAAAAGCCUUUCUAACCAGCUUACAACUCCCAAGUGCUUCAUCUAAGGUAUUUGUAGUAGUCUGCGCGAUAAUCGGAAUUUUGUAUGAGUAUUACUAACCAAACAUCAAAAUUGCAAUAAACUUUCGGAAAAAAAGUAAAAAUUUCCCGGAAACACUAGGAGGUCGGUGAAAAUCUUCUUCAAGGGAUGAUGCAGAUGUGAGGCAAUGUGGACAUUAACUGAAUACUUUAUACUCUUCGUUCUCUGCUUUCGAAAAUUGAGAAAAUGCUUUCCGUAUUAUUAGAAGAAAUGGACGUACAGGAAGGAUUCGAGGACGACCGUGAGUCGUAAACGUGUGAAUGGGAGAACUUGUAUUCGGACAAACCGUAACGAGCGCGUGUGUAUAUUUAUGUAUUAUUUAGGAAUUUUAUUUAUAAUUUUAAGUGCUUGUCCUCGAUUCCCGAUUGUCAACCAAAUGCGGUCUUUCAAAUGGCACAAAUAAUUAUUAUAGUAACAAUAACGAUAAUAAUAAGGUCCGAAAUACCGCUUUGGGGCUUUUAUCUUUACAUACUCUUAUUAAUUUAUGACAUGUUUUUUUUUAAUAGAAGCGUGCUGUAA